CCGUCUAUAAAUAACUAUGUAUGAUGGAAUGAUAACCGUGGCGAUCAGCACAUCGCCCCCAAACAAAAAAAAACAAUAAACAUGUUGUGUAUGUCUGAGAAUAAGCUUGGCACAUAGGUUUAUCAAGAAUCCAACAAUCCACGAAACGGAAUCCACGAGGAGGAUCCACGGCCUUCCGAAUUGUAUUGUAUUUUUUGGUUGUCCAAGCAUAAAACAUAAGCACAUCUUAUAUUUUCUCUCCUACUUUGUAUUUGUACUCUACUCUACUCCGUUGCAUCUAAGGGCAGCACUGACGCCACUAAAUAAUCGGUUUUUCUUUUUGUUCUGCUUAAGUAAUUGCAGACUUCAUAAACGCACGAUGAACUCUAACUCAGACUGUGAGGUGUGAGGUGAGGUGAGAGUCAAACAAAUCGAUUUGAGAGUCAGUCUAUCGCCAAAAAAUCGAAAAAGGCGCGAUCCCCAGUCGAUAAACGAAACGAUAACGAUUACAUAUAUGCUAAAUAACGAAAGCGAAAGCGCAAUGAAAUGCGUAUGCGUAUUGUUGUUAAAUCUAGGGCAUCAGUGAGUCCUGAAAACAAAAACCGAAACCGAAACGAGUCGACGAAUCGCCAGAACUAAUCCAAAAUGCAUAUAUAACUAUUAUCUCUCUCUUUCUCUUUCUUCUAUAUCUCUCUUUUUUAGUUCUCGUAAGCGUUUUUCUCCUUUUAAGUUUGUUCCGCCUAAGACAUAAGUUUAAUCGAGCUCAAGAUCGAGUUCGCAAUCGAAAUCGAAAACGAGGUAUUCGAGAUCGCGGGUAUUCGAGAUCGAGAGAGAGAUGACCAAUUAGAUAACUCCACUACUACUCUACUACCAAUCUACUACUACUACCAAUCAGCCACAAAACAACCAAGCCCAACCAGUACAUCGACAUUAAUCCGCUUCUAACCACCUCGCCACCACGUCGUCGUGUGCCGCCAGCCGGGGACUGAUCCGGGUCCCGAUCCUGAGAUUCCCGAGACUCUGAUUCUGGCUCCGGUCCUGUCCUGGUUGCAUUUACAUUAAGUACCAAUGAUUUUGUGUUUUGUCUUAGCUAGUUCAGAUCAACCAACCAAUCGUCCGUCCUGUCAUUUGUCCGAUUUGUUAAAAUGGGGUACUAAACAUCACCAACUAAUCAGUCUUUAAGUAAACGAUCUUUUCGAUCAACAUCCGCAUCUAGUAAUCCAUUAACUUAAGACCCAUGGGUCUAGCUCCUUGCGAGCUUCUAUCUUUCUAGAAGAAACAUUAACAGUGGGUAGAUAACAGCUUUUUGUAGGUAGGGCGGUGGAGAACCUAACCAACUUAAACAUAUUGUUGCUCUUAUUAUCGUUUCAGCGUCUUGUUUUCUUUUUUUUAUUUUUCUCUUUUUAUCACUGAGCAAUGUAAAAUGUGUGUGACCCUUCUUCAAGUCAGUUACCGCGCCCCCAACUCAUGGAAAUCGAAUACGAAAACGAAUACGAAAACCGCACCUAAGCCUUGACAAAUAAAUGACAAAAACUCAAGCCCCUCUGCAUAAACGAUAGACUCAUAGAAAGACUCUCAUCCAACGCAAAAGAAACGAAAAGUGAAAUAUGCAUUAACCUUAAGUAUCCAAUAAUCAAUAAUGAUCAAGUUAUAGCGGCAAUAUGUACCGAUUGAUACGCGCUCCAUAUAUCCCAACUGAUCCGCUCGAGGAGCCACUAUAUGAUUAACAAUUUGUUUUCUUAUUUUUUCCUUUUUGUCUUCAUCUUUCUUGCAGGCAGCAGGCAGUUUUUGUCUUUAUUUAAGCGGUUUCAAACGCAAUCUCUUGACCAAUUUGUCUGUCCCAUGCCAAUUAUGCCUUCGGAAACAGGCAGAAAAAGAAAAAUACCGAACAAGUCAAAUGAAAAGUCGAAUCGAAUCCCAAACAAAUUGCAUAGCUGAUGAUCGAUCAACUGAACUGAACUGAACCCUCCCCCAGUAUGAGAUGCACUAAUCCCUCUUCCCAAUUCUAGGCAAGUCCACGGAUUCGAAAAUUCCCUACCUUUCGCAGCCCCUGUACGAUCUCAAGCAGACGGGCGAUGUUAAGUUCGGUCCGGGCACUCGAUCGGCGCUCCUCGGCCUCUUGGGCGGCGCCCUGCCCAAGCUCUCCUCGGAGCAGCACGACCUGGUCAGCAAGGCCAAGAAGUACGCCAUGGAGCAGAGCAUCAAGAUGGUGCUCAUGAAGCAGACACUGGCCCACCAGCAGCAGCAAUUGGCCACCCAGCGAACUCAGGUUCAGAGGCAACAGGCACUGGCGCUUAUGUGCAGAGUCUACGUGGGCAGCAUUUCGUUUGAGCUCAAAGAAGACACCAUUCGCGUGGCCUUCACUCCCUUCGGUCCAAUCAAAUCCAUCAACAUGUCCUGGGAUCCCAUCACGCAGAAGCACAAGGGUUUCGCCUUUGUGGAGUACGAGAUUCCCGAGGGGGCACAGCUGGCGCUGGAGCAGAUGAACGGAGCCCUGAUGGGCGGCAGGAACAUCAAGGUAGGACGACCCAGUAACAUGCCACAGGCCCAGCAGGUGAUCGACGAGGUGCAGGAGGAGGCCAAGAGCUUCAACCGCAUCUACGUGGCCUCCAUCCAUCCCGAUCUGUCCGAGGAGGACAUCAAGAGUGUCUUCGAGGCCUUCGGACCGAUCCUCUACUGCAAGCUGGCCCAGGGCACCUCCUUGCACACGCACAAGGGCUACGGCUUCAUCGAGUAUGCCAACAAACAGGCCAUGGACGAGGCCAUUGCCAGCAUGAAUCUUUUUGAUCUGGGUGGACAGUUACUGAGAGUGGGUCGCUCGAUUACGCCGCCGAAUGCCCUUGCCUGUCCCACAACAAACUCCACGAUGCCCACGGCCGCGGCAGUGGCUGCAGCGGCGGCAACAGCCAAGAUCCAGGCCCUGGACGCGGUGGCCAGCAAUGCUGUGCUGGGCCUGUCACAGAACACUCCCGUCAUGGCAGCCGGCGCGGUGGUCACCAAGGUGGGAGCCAUGCCAGUGGUUUCUGCAGCCACAUCGGCGGCUGCUCUGCAUCCUGCGUUGGCCCAGGCGGCACCUGCUCUUCUUCCGCCCGGAAUAUUCCAGGCACCCUCUCCCGUGGCGCCCAGUUUGCUGGGUGUUCCCGCUGGACUCCAGCCUCUUCAGCCGGUCGUGCCCACUCUUCCGCCGCCCGCGCUCUUGGCCACACCCACUCUGCCCAUGUCAGUCGGCGGUGUUGGUGUGGGCAUAGUGCCCACGGUGGCCACUUUGUCGGUCUCGGAGGCCAGCAAUGGAGCCGCCGCUGCGGCUGUACUCUCGGCCGCUGCAAAUAACGCCGCUGUCACGGCAGCCAAUCUCUCGGAGAACAUCAAGAAGGCGCAUGAGAAGCAGCAGGAGGAGCUGCAGAAGAAGCUGAUGGACGAGGGCGAUGUGCAGACGCUGCAGCAGCAGGAGAACAUGUCAAUCAAGGGCCAGAGCGCAAGGCAGCUGGUGAUGCAGCGGCUAAUGCGGCCGGUGGACUCACGGGUGAUCAUUCUGCGAAACAUGGUUGGUCCCGAGGAUGUGGACGAGACCCUGCAGGAGGAGAUCCAGGAGGAGUGCAGUAAAUUCGGCACCGUCAGCCGGGUGAUCAUCUUCAACGAAAAGCAGACGGAGAACGAGGACGACGACGAGGCGGAGAUCAUUGUGAAGAUCUUUGUGGAGUUCUCGGCCGGCGCGGAAGCCAUGCGAGGAAAGGAAGCGCUCGACGGCAGGUUCUUUGGCGGACGAAGAGUUGUGGCCGAGCUCUACGACCAGGGAAUUUUCGAUCAGGGAGAUCUGUCCGGCUAGAAGGGGGAGAUGAUCCCGAUCCCCCCGGUCUUUGUUCUGUCAUUUUUUACGUAGCACCUAAAAACGAAAACGAUGCAAGUUUAUUUAUUACGCCAGUCCGGAGACAACCGACCAUUGUUGAGCGGCGCGGCAGCCAGAUUACAAUUAUGAUUAUGAUGAGAUGAUUCUGCAACGCAGUGAUUUAGAUUUAAAGAGAGAUCCCCGUAGCGAGGGGAGCGAUUUUCAGUGUUUUUGUAUUAUUGCUUGCCCUCGGAACACCGAAAACCACAAAAGAAAGCCCAAGCAAGCACACAACGGCCGACUAACAACGUGUACAUUUACAUUUGACUAAUUUCAGCGCUUUCAAAAUAAAUAUUAGUUUCCCAUUAAAA